AUGAAGCCUGUUGCACCAACGAUCUCUACUCGCACCACCUAUCCCGACACAUUGACUGCCCAGUCGCCAUCGAUGCUACAUCCACCUUUACGCAUUCAGGACGAAGACCUCGAAGGCGACAUCGAUGGUGAUGAGGACGACGAAGAUGCUGAAGAUCUUGACGGCAGUGAAGCGCACCACAACAUGUUCACCGAGUCCACCGUCAAAUCUGGCUAUCUCGAAAAGAAGGGCGAGAAGCGCAAGACUUGGAAAAAGAGGUGGUGGGUGCUUCGCUCCUCCAAGCUGGCAUAUUACAAGAACGACAAGGAGUACCAGCUGCUGCGCUUCAUCGAUGUUGGCGACAUCAAGACAGUCGCCUCUGUCGAGCUUAAGAAGAGCAUCAACACGUUUGGCAUCGUCACUCCCAAGCGCACGUUUUACGUUCGUGCUUCCUCCAAGGCUGACAUGGAGUCUUGGAUAAGAGUGCUAAACGAGGUCAAGACACAGUAUGCGCAGAGCAGCACCAUGACGCAAGAGAUGGCCGCUUUGGAGCUUGCCAACUCCGAAACGCCCGCACCUUGCUCUACGCUCCCGCAACCGCAGUCUAGCCGACGAUCUCUCUCUCAAGAGCGAAUGCAAUCCUCCAACGCUGUCCCCAUCAAGAUUGGCAUUUCUGGUCACGGCACUUUCACAGCCCCCGCACAGCCCAGACCCAUCCCAGGUUCUGCUGCCUUCAGUCCUCUUACGGCCACUAGUGACAGCGAGACCAGUGCAGAGCGAUACGGUCUCAGUUACACCAGUUCUACAGGCCAGUCCAUUUCUGGCAGCCCUUCGACACGUGCAGAUCCAUCACAGUCCUUCCUCGCCGCAGGACAAUCGCCUGGUGGAGGCCAAGCCUCGGGGAGCGAGCUGAGCGAUAUAGGUGGCCAUCAGCGUCAUCCUUCGGGAAGUUUCGGAACGUUGCCGCGUCAGCGAAGCGUUAGUGCAAGUCGCAGGCUGGCGUCCUACUCGAGCGGAGCCGUCGACCCGCCAGCAAGUCCCAGUCUCGCACCGGGCGGAGGUGAAAAACAGGUGCUCAGCAGUUCGGACGAAGAAGAUGAGUGGGAUGAGGAGGAAGUCGCUGACCAGGCUAUGCCUUUACCAGCCUUAGGCUCUCAGAUGGCCUCUCACCCGCAGCAGCAACCACAUCAUUUGCAACUGCAGUCGCAGCAGCAACAAGCUUCUCAAGGCCAGCCACCUUUGCUCAGCAUCUCUACGUUGUCGACUCCGGGAAAUGACCUGAGUCGAGAUCCGAACAAAGUCAUUACACAGGGUUACUUGAUGAAACAGAGCGGUCGUCGAAAAGUGUGGCGAAAGCGAUGGUUUGUGCUCACAUCGUCACGCUUACUCUACUCGCGCAGCCAUAUGGACUCGAAAGCGCAUCGGCAGAUCCCGAUUGCCGCCAUGUUGGAUGCUAUCGAGUACGAAUCCAAAAAGGUGUCGUCCGGCAUGCCCACCUCGCCAGGCAUCGGUUCGCCGAGCUCAAAUCCAUUCGGCCUUGAAAGCAACGGCCUCAGCGCUUUCAGCGAUCGCGAUGCCACAACAGCCUUUUCGCCUAGCGCAGCAGAUUCCGCACGCGGCCCGGAAAAGCCUGAACGGAGAGGCAGCAUGGUGGCAGCAGCAGCAGGUGUUGCCUCGAACAUGACCGCCGGCAUGGUUGGGUCGAAGAAACGCAAAGAGAAUUGCUUCCAAAUCAUCACGCCUAAGCGCACGUUCAUCCUGUGUGCACCGGGUGAGGACGAAGAGAUCAAGUGGAUCUCCGCGCUCAAGACGCUCAUCACUCGACAGAGGAACGGUCAGACACCUGGUCUCGGGGGUCCACCGGUCUCGCCUACGACGUUCAGCGCAGCAAGUGCGUUUCCUUUCCACACACAAGCAGGCGCAGCCGGUAGCGCUGCCUCAACAGGUUCGAGCGUGACCUCGCCAUCGUCCACAGUAACCAAAUACACUUCGGCGCCGGGCAAAACGACGGCGGCAGCAAUGCCUGGACCGUCUCUGUCACCGACCGGCUCACCCACCUCCGCCACCGCCGGGCUCGCGUCGAUGGGCGCUGCAGCGCAGACGCUUUCCAGUACGUCGUUGGCAUCAAAACCGAGCGGGACACCGACAGCGCCAAAUGGCAGCGGUGGUCAAGUCGAAGCGACAGUUUGGCAAAGGCAGGCAGAGCCUGGCGCUGCGCCCACUGCCACAGCCACGUAA